UUCCGCAGCAAGAUGGCGGCGGGCUGGGGGCUGCGGCGGGGCCUGGGGCGGCUGCUGCGGCGGGGGGCGCGGGGCCUCGGCACCGCCCGCGUACUCCGGCAGCAGCAGUUCACCUCCCUGGAGGAGAAGCCGCAGUUUCCCGGAGCCUCAGCCGACUUUGUGGACAAGCUGGAUUUUAUCCAGCCCAAUGUGAUCUCGGGGAUCCCCAUCUACCGGGUCAUGGACCGGCAGGGGCAGAUCAUCAACCCGGAUGAAGAUCCCCAGCUCUCACAGGAGCAGGUGCUGAAGUUCUACAAGACCAUGACGCUGCUCAACACGAUGGACCGGAUCCUGUACGAGUCGCAGAGGCAGGGCAGGAUCUCCUUCUACAUGACGAACUACGGGGAGGAGGGGACGCACGUGGGCAGCGCCGCGGCGCUGGAUGACACAGACCUGGUGUUCGGGCAGUACCGGGAAGCAGGCGUGCUGAUGUACCGGGGUUACCCCCUGGACCUCUUCAUGGCCCAGUGUUACGGCAACACCAGCGACACCGGCAAAGGGCGCCAGAUGCCGGUGCACUACGGCUGCAGAGACCGGCACUUUGUCACCAUUUCGUCCCCGCUGGCCACGCAGAUCCCCCAAGCCGUGGGAGCUGCCUACGCCUUCAAGCGGGACAACGCCAGCCGGGCCGUGAUCUGCUACUUCGGGGAGGGCGCGGCCAGCGAGGGCGACGCCCACGCCGGCUUCAACUUCGCCGCCACCCUGGAGUGCCCCAUCCUCUUCUUCUGCCGCAACAACGGCUACGCCAUCUCCACGCCCACCUCGGAGCAGUACCGGGGCGACGGCAUCGCGGCCCGCGGCCCCGGCUACGGGAUCAUGUCCAUCCGCGUGGACGGGAAUGACGUCUUCGCCGUGUACAACGCCACGCGGGAGGCCCGGCGCCGGGCCAUCGCCGAGAACCAGCCCUUCCUCAUCGAGGCCAUGACCUACAGGAUUGGGCACCACAGCACGAGUGACGACAGCUCAGCCUAUCGCUCGGUGGACGAGGUGAACUACUGGGACAAGCAGGACCACCCCAUCUCCCGCCUGCGCCACCACAUGUUGGGCCGGGGCUGGUGGGACGAGGAGCAGGAGAAGAGCUGGAGGAAGAAAUCCCGCAAGAGGGUGAUGGAGGCCUUCGAGCAGGCGGAGCGGAAGCUGAAGCCCAGCCCGCAGCACCUGUUCUCGGACGUGUACUGCGAGAUGCCCCCGCAGCUGCAGAAGCAGCAGGAGGCGCUGGCACGGCACCUCCGGCUCUACGGGGAGCAUUACCCCCUGGAGCACUUCGAGAAGUGAGGUCCCCGCGGGGGGGGCAGCCCGCUCGCCCCGCCCCCCCGCGCCCGGGGCCUGCCUCGGUUUCCCUUGGCCGGGCCGGGGGCGGGAUCCCUGGGUGUGAGCAAGUCCAGUGGGGGGCCACGGUCACUGGGGCAGCGAGCCUGGCCCCCCGGGGGAAUUCCUAGCUCAGACAGAGCCCCACCCCAGGCGUAGAUGUGCCUGGGCUCGCGCUACCCCAUCUCCGGGCUCUCCUGGCCUCCCGCAGGCCGGCGGGUCCCCUCGCUGCCCUGCCUGUGGGCUCCCCAGCCCAGAGUCGGGGCGCCCGGGUCAGGGAGGGUAGGCUUGGGGGUAGGGAGUGGACGGGUGCGUGGGCUGCUUGUCCCUGUAGCCAGGGGAGCUGCCCCCAGGCGGGGGCAGGAGCCGCUUCGCUGCAGGGGGUGGGCACCAGGUUGGCUGCAGGGGGGGGGCAGGAUAUUUUACUGCAAUCUCCUAACUCAGCCUAUGGGUCGGCUUUCUAGGCUCCGGUGAGUGGUAGUGGUGGUGGGGGGUGUUGAACCACGGUUCCCGGCAAGUCAGCCAGGCAGAGCCGCUCCCU